GCACUGCACUGGGACCUAAACAUGGCACAGAGCGGGACAACGAGGAACAGAGUGGCAGAGAAGACCCCAGCUUCAGAUUUACCUCAGCCUGUCAAAGUCCAGCAGGUCAGGAACACCAAGAUUUUCAUCAACAAUGAGUGGCACACAUCCAUCAGUGGGAGGACAUUCCCAACACUGAACCCAGCAACUGGGGACACAAUAUGUGAGGUCCAAGAAGCAGACAAAGAGGACGUUGAUAAGGCGGUGGCUGCAGCCAAAGUGGCCAUGCAGCUCGGCUCUGCGUGGCGGAAGAUGGAGCCGUCCCGCCGGGGAAGGUUGCUGCACAGACUGGCCGACCUGGUGGAGAGGGACCGGCUGCUGAUCGCGACCUUGGAGUCACUAGACACAGGGAAACCAUUUCUCCAAGCUUUCUUCGUUGACCUGGAAGGCAGCAUCAGAACCCUGCGUUACUAUGCAGGCUGGGCCGACAAGAUUCAUGGCAAGAGUGUGCCUGUGGAUGAAACCUUCAUGUGCAUUACCAAACACGAACCUAUUGGCAUUUGCGGAGCCAUAAUUCCAUGGAACUUCCCUCUCCUGAUGCUCAUGUGGAAGAUCGCCCCAGCCCUGUGUUGUGGAAACACUGUGGUCAUUAAGCCAGCAGAGCAGACCCCCCUUACAGCACUCCACAUCGGAUCACUGAUCAAAGAGGCAGAGUUCCCUCCUGGAGUUGUUAACAUCCUUCCAGGGUUUGGACCCACAGCAGGAGCAGCAUUUGCGAGCCAUUGUGGUAUUGAUAAAGUGGCCUUCACCGGCUCCACAGAGGUGGGUCAGCUGAUCAAAGAGUCGGCAGCCAAAAGCAAUCUCAAGAGAGUGACUUUGGAGUUGGGAGGGAAAAACCCCUGCAUUGUGUUUGCUGAUUGUGACUUGCAGUUGGCUGUGGAGGAAAUUCAAAAAGGAGCUUUUUACAACCAAGGCCAGUGCUGCACAGCUGCAUCACGUGUCUUUGUGCAGGAAAAGAUUUAUGAGGAGUUUGUGCGCCGUAGCAUAGAAAGCGCCAAGAAGAUUGUCAUAGGAGACCCACUGGACCCCCAGACAACACACGGGCCUCAGAUUGACCAACAACAUUUUGACAAAAUUAUGGACCUGAUAGAGAGUGGGAAAAAAGAAGGUGCCAAGCUGGAAUACGGAGGAGGUUAUCUGGGUGAAAAAAGCCUCUUUAUUCAACCCACCAUCUUCUCCGAGGUCAAAGACAGCAUGAGGAUCGCCGUGGAAGAGAUCUUUGGCCCUGUGCUUUGUAUAUUCCGCUUUAAGAGCCAACAGGAAGUCAUAGAAAGAGCGAACAACUCACGCUAUGGCCUGGUGUCUGCAGUGUUCACAACAAGCAUGGAUAGAGCUCUGUCUGUCUCUGGAGCCAUGGAGACUGGAACUGUCUGGAUAAACUGCUACAAUGCCCUGCAUGUCCAGACUCCCUUUGGAGGAUACAAGAUGUCAGGAAAUGGAAGAGAACUUGGAGAAUAUGCCCUGGCAGAGUACUCUGAAGUAAAAACCGUCACCUUCAAGAUGAGUGAAACCAUGUGAGAGGAUCUGGGAAAGUCCAUUUCAACCUGCGCUCUCUUGUUGCCGUCACCCGUCGUGCUCACUAUACCAUCCCAUCUAAAACAAAUCAGAACAAUAGAAAGGUUGAUUUAUAGUCUUAGGUUACCCAGGAUAUGACCGUCGACAUAAAUGUCAUAAUUUUUUCACCUUUUCAAGGAAAGAUUGUGCAGAAGGAUGCUUCUUAUGCAAGUAUAUAUCAGCAACAUAUUACAAUGCCUUUAAAAAGCUUUAACAUUAGCAUUUCUUAUAUCUGUAUGAUUUGCAUAAUUUAAUUAACAUAUUUCAGUCUUAGAAAAUUGCUGGAAAUGUUUAUCUUCAGAAUUUCCCCGAUGAUUUCCUAAAAAUUUUAAGUAAAGCAUGAUACUGACACCAACGUGCUUUGCUGCAGGGAAGUUAUUGUGAAGGUAAUGUUGUGCAACGAAAUGUUUGGUUUGGCUAUGGAUAACAAAGUUAGUCAUUUUAAUCAAAAGGACCAAAUCUGGGCACCAGAUUUUCAGAAAAUAAGAGCCAAAACAUUCUCAAUCUCGAUCAGUUAUUAUUUUAUGAAUACCUGCCUGGUCAGCUGUGGUUUUAUAGAACACUAGAUACUGUGAAUUUACUCACUGUUGUUUUCAAACAGCAAGCCUUGCACAGAUACAGAAUAAACACAAACAACUUCUCUCCAAAAGAUAAAACUUUAGAAACAAAAUACUUUAACUUUUAGUUAAAAUACUUUGGUCAGCAAACUAUUUAACUAAGCUCCUAAAAUUGAACUAAACAAAGCCAGAAAUGAAAAUAAUAAGCAAAACUAAUAAACAAUGGAAAAAAAGGGAUGGAUAAUAAGACUGAAACCAAAGAUGUAUGGAAUAUGUAAGCAAUCAAUGAGGUUAAAGUAGCUUUAAAACUAAUUAAGAACAAUUGCUUUGUGUUCAGGCAUGGUGGUGCAGCUGGACGUCAGACCCCACACUUACCCAUGCAGGUCCCGGCGUGGGGACUUUUAUGGGUAAGUGUGGGAUUUGACCACUUCCAGCUUCCUAGAUGACUGCUAGGUUAAUUGGUCCCUCUAGGUGUAAGCUGCCUCUUGUCCAAUAAAUUCUUCCAAGAUGCAGAAAACCAGGUACACAGUCACAUUCAUAUGUUCCCACCCUAGUACCCCCACAUACAUACACGCUUACCCAUAAAAAAAAGGGACGCAGUACACACAUUGACUACACAUCCUAUACUUCCACGUCCAGGUACUGGCACCCCAGAGGGGUAUCCAGACCUGAGAGGUGAACCCCAUCACCAGGAUGGGAAAACCCCACCCCAAUCCCAGCCCAGACGACCCACAAGCCCAUCCACCCCGAGAUGGGGCCAGCCAACCAGAGCCCACCCCACGAACCCAGAGGCGCUGUCUCCCCCACACCCUACCCUCCAUACUUAAGUCCUGUCAGCUGUUUUCACUGUCAUUGUCUUCCAGGAUAUCCCCAUAGUGCACAUAGAAUUGCAUUUCUUUCUCAGCAUCUCCGGACUGCACGGGACAUUGCCAACACUAGUUGACAUGAAAAGACAAUUGCAACUCGUCCGAUAGCAACACAUUCCUGAAAACCUCUCUCCUUUUUUUGAUGUGUGGUUCAUACUAGUUUGCAACCUCAACUUCUUGUUUAUUACAGCAUUGCGUGAGGGCAACCACUGAUGAAAAUAUGCCUGGUUAAUCCGCUCUAAACCAGUGAAUGGAAACUUUCCUAAUCUGCUUUUUUUUGUGACAUUUUUAAAGUUUUUUAAAAAUUUAAAAAAUUUGCAUGGCAAUCAGAUGGAUACAUGACUUGUGAAACUCCUUCCUGGAAGCUGUUAUGGGUAUACAGGGCAUUCUGGGAUUGAGUUUUUACCAGUCAGUUUUGUUUGCUUGUUCACUUCAGUCCUUUUGGUUCUAAUGGCUAGGCCCAAAAAAGAUAAACGGAGAUUAAUUUGUACCACACAUUUACUUCUAAGACCUAAAAGCGUAACUGCAAUCAUGAAAAUUCGUUAAAUCCUCUCUGCUAAUGUCAAACAACUUAUUCUGGUUUUGACUCUUGUUUGGUGUUGAUCAUUGGAUUGGAUAAUUGGGGUUUAAACAAGGAAGACAUUUAACAAUUCAUUUAUUCAACAACUAAAGCCGUUGGUACUACCAACGGUGUUAUUUGUAAAUGUAUGACACUGAUGUGCACUGAUGGAUGGUGUGGUUGACUACGGGUUUUCCUGGAAAGCCCGUAGUCAACCACACCAGCCAGGUACCUCAUCCUGGUCAACAGCUUGGUCACGCACAGCUGUGGAAUGGGAUCCCAUUCUUUAACCAGCAAUUGUUGCAAGUCAUUCAUUACAGUUGUGUAAAGGAUCUUUCUUUCAUAUAUAUUUUAUUGGGUUAUAAGGGUACAAUACAUGUCUUUUCAUGAGAAUACGUUUCACCUAUCCCCCACCCCCCUACAUUACCAAACAAACAGAAUACAGUGAGUAAUGUUAACAAUGAGCAAACAUGACUCUCUCCCUCUUAACGAGAAAACAGGAGGGGAGAACAGUUACCAAACCAACAAGCAAAUUACAUAAAAAAAAUAAAAAGGAUAAAUAAUAAUAAUAAUCAUAAUCAUAACAAUAAUAACAAGCAACAUUUAGAGGAGGGAUCUGAAAUGCUUGGAAAAGAAAAUCAAAAAUGUAACUAUAACAAUUUUUACAUUGACUGUUUACUUUAAGUUCAACCACCAAAUCCCUAACCCAACUACUGGCCUCUCUUAUAAUCCUGGCUGGAAAAAUUAGGAGUGAUUGAAUUAGAGAGGAGUUACGUCAGUGUAUCUUAAUUGGAACCAUAUUCUUUAAUCAUCAAAGGAGGGAGUUGAAUCAACUAAGGAAAGAAUGGGAUUCCAAGUUUUAUAAAAAUUUGUCGACACAUACCCUAAUGCUAUACCUGAUUUUUUUUAAGUGUUGGAGUGGCAUUAGAUCCUUCAGCCAAGAGUCAGGGGAGGGAGGAUUGUUAUUCUUCCACUGGAGUAAUAUGCAUCUCCGGGCUACCUGAGAUGCAAAAGCAAUAGCAUUACUUUCCCUGUUCGUGAAGUGUGUGAAUUCCUGAAGCACACCAAAGAUGGAGGUGAAAGGACUCUGGAGCACCGGCUUGUUUAGAGCUUUUGUGAAAGUAUUGCAGAAAGACGACCAAAAUGAGCUUAAUCUGGGACAGGAAAAGAACAUGUGUGUAUGACUGGCUGGUGACAGAGAAUAUCUGUCACAGGUAUCACUUGUAUUACACAGUUUUUUAAGUUUAGCUUUGGUAUUCUGUGUAGGACCUUCAACUGAAUUAGUCAGACUGGCACAAGACGAGGUGGAGUUGACCCUGUCAAGGGCCCUCUCCCACCCCUCGUCUGACAAGGUGCAACCUAACUCCUUUUCCCAUGAAUUUCUAGUCACCAGCGAGGGUGGUAUUGUUGACAAGUUCCAUUUUGUCACGACUGAAAUGAAUCCACGAGCCGCUGGGAGAGAUAGAAUAGGUUUAUGGGGAAAAUUGGGAAAGUUACAACAAACAAAAUCUCUAGCUUGAAAAUGCCUAAGCAAAUGGGAUUGUAAAAAUGUAAAAAUGUUCUUGUGAUAAAGUUGAUCAAAGUUUACCAGCCCUUUGUCUUUCCACAGAGAAAAAGUUGGAUCAAGUGAUGCGGGUGUAAAUAAGUAGUUUUCACAAAGGGGCAUUAGGCGGAAGAGACUGGUGAUUUUAAAGUGCCGUGUAAACUGUCUCGGGAUUUUUAUAGUAGAUGUGGAAUGAAUUAACUUUGAUCCGUUUCUUACACUUUUAUGAAGGUUUAACAUGUGUUUAUAUGCUUUAAUAUGCUUUUAAGAUAGCUGGCAGAAAGCUUCAAAACCGGGCCUGUUGGUAAAAGAAUUUGGAAUUCUUGGAAUUUGCAAGAUGGGUUUCUGUCUUGCAAAACCUUUUGUUUAGCUCAAGGUUCGGGGUUGUGGUCAGCGGCUUGCAGGCGAUGACCGGAAGAACCAGUGUAGUGUAGCAGCCUGCAAGCAAUGACCGGAAGAACCAGAACAAGGCAGCCAAAGAAGCAACCCCAUAUAGGGUAGAAGUAUUGUUAAGGUGUGUCAUUUGCUCAUGUAACUCUGUGAGACCCUCCCCUUUGAAGUUAAUAAAAAGAGCCUGCACAAGGAAGAGGAUAGAGUUGUUGCUCGCAGGGGUUGGCUGGUGCAACUUCUCUCCCUUUGCAAAGGUGAAACUUCAAUUCUGUUUCCUUGGCUAAGUUUUUGUUGCACUCUUAGACUAAGUCCUGCACAUGACUCAACGGACCCGGGGAAGCAAGCGGCUUCAACAUAGAUAAUACAAUUGGGUUGGAGGUGACUUUAGUGGGGUGUGCAUUUAGAAGGGUACACAGUAAAACUGAUAGCGAGACAGGGGUACAUGAGUAAGCUUCCAUCUGACACCAGUCUGUGUUGGGGGAGUUGUACCAGGUAUAGACUUUUUGAAUAUUGGCUGCCCAAUAAUAUGCCCUGAAAUCCGGCAAUGCAAGGCCUCCCUUGUCCUUGGGUCUUUGCAAUAUUGAGUACUUUGCCCUUGGAGUCUUUCCUGCCCAAAUUAAAUGUGAAACAAUCUUAUCCAAUUCAUUGAAAAAAGUUUUGGGCAGCUAUAUACGUAAACACUGAAAAAUAAAUAAAAACUUUGGUAGUGACAGUGACAGUGGAAGAUUAUUCCAGUGUAAUAGAUCUGACUUCACCUUUCUGACCAGCUCCAC